CCUGAAUACACAGAGGUGGGACUACGGGAGAACAAAGGCAGAUCUGCUGAUAUCUUCCUCUUUCUUCUCUUUUUCUCCUCCUUACUGGUCCGGCUGCUCCCAGUAAUAGCUUGGCCUGCUGCCAAGGGAUCACGUGGCCCAAUUUGUCCCCUUUGUAUCUGCAGCAACAGGGCAGGUUGCACCGCUGUUAUGAGGUAAUACUGAAAGAUUAUGUCCACUAUGGUGUACCCCAGGGAAGAGAAAAUGGACAAGCUAACCCAAGAAGAGAUUAUUUCCAACACUAAGCUGGUGAUGCAAGGGCUGGAGGCCCUUAAAAAUGAGCAUAACUCGAUCUUGCACAGCCUACUGGAGACUAUCAAGUGUCUGAAGAAGGAUGAAGAAGCCAAUCUAGUACACGAGAAAGCCAACCUGCUGCGCAAAUCAGUGGAAAUGAUUGAGUUGGGACUUGGAGAAGCUCAGGUCAUGAUGGCUCUGUCAAACCACCUAAAUGCUGUGGAGUCCGAAAAGCAGAAAUUGCGGGCCCAGGUGCGCAGGCUAUGCCAGGAGAAUCAGUGGCUACGAGAUGAACUAGCAAACACUCAGCAGAAGUUGCAGCGCAGUGAACAAACUGUGGCACAGCUUGAAGAAGAAAAAAAACACUUGGAAUUCAUGAACCAGCUGAAGAAAUAUGAUGAAGAUGUAUCCCCAACGGAGGAGAAGGAAGGUGAUUCCACAAAGGAUUCUCUGGAUGACUUGUUUCCAAAUGAGGAAGAGGAUCAGGGGCCAGGGUUGCCUCAUCAACACAGCAGUGCUGUAGCAGCUGCUCAGCAAGGUGGUUAUGAGAUCCCAGCCCGCUUGCGUACACUACAUAAUCUGGUGAUCCAGUAUGCAUCACAGGGACGUUACGAGGUGGCUGUGCCUCUUUGCAAGCAGGCCCUGGAGGACUUGGAGAAGACUUCAGGACACGAUCACCCUGAUGUGGCCACCAUGCUCAACAUCUUGGCCUUAGUAUAUAGGGAUCAAAAUAAAUAUAAAGAAGCAGCUCACCUGUUAAAUGAUGCAUUGUCUAUUAGAGAGAAAACUCUUGGCAAAGAUCACCCUGCAGUUGCUGCAACCCUAAACAAUCUAGCUGUUCUGUAUGGCAAAAGAGGGAAAUACAAGGAGGCAGAACCAUUAUGCAAGAGGGCACUGGAAAUCCGGGAAAAGGUUCUUGGCAAAGAUCACCCAGAUGUGGCCAAACAGUUAAAUAACUUGGCUUUACUAUGCCAGAAUCAGGGCAAGUAUGAAGAAGUAGAAUAUUACUAUCGCCGAGCACUGGAGAUCUACGAAUCCCGCCUAGGGCCUGAUGAUCCAAAUGUUGCUAAAACAAAGAACAAUCUGGCUUCUUGCUACCUGAAACAAGCCAAAUACAAGGAUGCCGAGACCCUCUACAAGGAAAUUCUCACCCGUGCCCAUGUGAAAGAAUUUGGCACUGUUGAUGAUGAACACAAGCCUAUAUGGAUGCAUGCAGAAGAAAGGGAGAAAAUGAGCAAGAGUAAACAUGGAGAAAACAUCUCCUAUGCAGAGUAUGGUGGCUGGUACAAGGCCUGCAAGGUCAGCAGCCCUACAGUGAAUACCACUCUGCGGAACCUGGGUGCGUUAUACAGGCGUCAGGGCAAACUGGAGGCUGCAGAAACUUUAGAAGAGUGUGCACUGCGUUCUAGGAGACAGGGUAUUGACCCCAUUAACCAGACUAAAGUGGUGGAAAUUCUCAAAGAGGGCGAUGGCUCUGAGAGGAGGAGGAGCCGAGACAGCCUGAUGGCCAGCAUCAAAUAUGAGAAUACCACAGAUGGUAAUGAGGAAGCUUAAGUGCCUCCUGAGACCUCCCCCCUCCCUUCCAACACAAUCAUCUGGAUGCUUGUGCAGCUUCUUUCGACUUUUUCUUCCAAACCAUUCCCCUCCUUCCACUGUUCCUGCUUUCCACGUCAAGGACUCCACACCCGUCCCAAACCAACCUUCCAUCCAAAGUCAGCACCAAGGAACACAGCAGAAGAAUAUUCAACUGGCUGCACACGGCUCUACUACAGCAUCAAUCAGCAAGAGAACAGGAAGAAACUCUACGAGGUGGCCUCUCCCCACUUCCUUUGUCCACCAAACAGAACUUUUCCAGGAUUCUCUGUGGCUUCCUUUGUUCUCUUUCCUGUACCUUAAUCAGGGGGGAAGAGGUUGAUGUUUGAGAAUGACCUUGUUCCCUACUCUGGGGACACUACAUUCACAUUUGCCCAUUUUCCUAUAACUUGCCUGUCCAUUUUGCUGCUUUCAUUUGAACAAUAUGCCCCUUCCUGAUCUUUCAUGCUGCUUCCCUUUUCUUCCUCUUGCUUCCAUGGCACAAAGUACAGAAUUAAGAGAUAGAAACAAAUACUCUAAUAUCUCUCCCCAUCCCAUCUUUAAAUUGUAGAUAAGGAUAAAUGGGCUGAAUAAAUCAUGCUCUUAAUUGAUGGUAAAAUGGUUUGAAUGCCCAUUGCUGCUAUUGUACAAGCCUGGUUUCUACCUUCAGCAGUGUUUAAGUCCAGAGACCCUUAAAGAAAGAUAAUAAAGAGUUCAUCUGUAUUCUCUAGUAUCUGAGGCCCUUUAGCUUCAAGAUGUGAAAAGAGACAAAAGCUUGUGCUGUGCCUUCUCUAAAAUCUUGCUUUCACAGAAAUGAAAAUAAUAUAAACAAAGGCAUUAGAAAUGGAAAGACAACAACAGCAGACGGUGGCAUUCAGAGAGCUAACAUUAAGUCUUUGACUGAUUAAUCCCAGUCUGCACUUGCUUUGCCUGUUACACUUCAGAAUGCUAGCAUUUCACAAGAAAAGGCUUUUCUAAUAUCACAACCUUGGGAAUAUUUUUUUCUCCCACAGUUCCUUUCUCAUAGUAGGAAUAGUAAUUGCUGAAAAAGAUGGCCAGACUGUCACUUUUUCCUUACUCUUCUGCCCACAGAGCAAGAGGGGUGGGAUAGUUGAUGGAGUUUCAUCUCCAAAUUAAUUCUCAUUAAUGUAAAUUUUUAACAAUGCAUUGCAUGUGGUCCCAGCCAAAUGCCACAAAGCAAGCCCGUCAUAGAAGAUUGGUGUGUUAAAUGGUAAUGUAGCCUAUAGCUGCUGCUUAUUUAUAAGCAUGUCAAGUGAGCAGAAAAGAAAGUAGCAAUUUGCACGUCUUGUAAGAGAAUGAUGAGCAAGGAAUCUUGCAUGCAAGAAGAAGGAGCAGAGACAAUAGAAGGCAGAUGUUUUAAAGUGGGAAUAGGUUGUCCCACUGAGAUUGAGCUCUGGAGGAAUUUUACAGACAAAGAAAGGCUCUGGUAGAAAUGGAUUUUCAGUAGACAGUGCCUUCCUGUUUGUAUUUUCUUACAAAUAAAUCAACUACAUUUAAUUCUGUUUCCUCCCAGGUCUGGGAUUAUCAUCCUGGUAGAAGUUCUCCUUGAAUGAGCAUGUUGCCAUAGAGUGAGUUAAGACAGGUGUUCUGGGCAGGAAAAAAAAGGCUGAUUCCCUCAGGAAUUAGGCUAUAAUAUUUUUAUAGGGUGGAGAUAUGACUCCAAAAUACAAACAGGAUGCAUUGAUCUAAAAUUGUUGAGAAAGGGAGAAAAAAAACCCCCUGAUAAUAUUCUAAUCGGAACAAAGUAGUGACAUGUUUUAUAUAGCAAAAUAGGAAAGCAACCAUUUUAGAGAUCUGGGGAUAUAUUGAAAGAAGCCUUUUCUUUCACCCAGAGAAAAGUGGACGUUAAGAUUUUUAGGCUAUGAAUCUAGUUUCUAAGAUAGUGAGGUUUUUUUAAUAUUUACACUGGUGCUAAAUAUGGGGGUGGGGUUUCAUUUCUGACAGGAUAGCCUGAUGCUUUAAUCCAUCACCAGGACAAGCAUAUGUGAGGGAAGACUUUUUUCAGCCUAUCUGCUGAUCAUACCAUAGUUUUAGGCUGUAUGCAUGUGAUGGGGAGGGGGUUAAUGUAGGUUAAUAUAGUUGUGAAUACAGCUGGUUUCUAAAAAUAAGAAAAGAUUAGCUGAGUUUACAAAUUAGGCUAGGCAUUAGAUAAGAAAAAGUUUUUGAAGCUGUGAGUGCUGGAAAAUGGAACUGAAUAAUAAAAGUAUGGCAUGAUGAUUUUGUGUGGCUUUUUGAAGUACCCACUGCCUGCCUCUUGCUGGAGGAGCAACAAACCAGACUAUUCAUUCAACCCAGGAGGGUUGUACUCAGGUGGAGUUUUGCCCCAGGCAAUUUGAAAUAUUUUUUAUGCAACUCCUUUGGGAAGUUUUGUGGAGCUGUGAUGAAACCUUUGCUUUUGGCUAUGUCCUUCAGGAAAGAAUGUUCAAGUAUACCUGAAUCAGAGCAGCUUCUCUCUUGCCCUAUGGCUGAGGUGGGCAAUAUUUGUGAUCUGUUACUGAAAAUCCUCCCCCACUUUCAUUGGCUGUUAUGACUCUGCCUUGCCCAAGAAGGAAAAGUGUCAGAGGUUCCAAGGAAGAAGCCCCGGAGGUGAAUCCACACGCUGCUCUUGCAUCUUCCUCAUAAAAUACGACCAGCUCUCUCAUUCCCGCACGACUUUCUAUGUUGAAAUGGCCUAUCUGCAAGUCUUUUUAUCACACUGUCUAGAAGGGGCUGAAAUUCUGUGUUCUACUCUCUGCCUUUGAGACCUACAUGGUACUUUCCUUGUCGCUGUGAACUCGUUUACCUCUGAUUAAAGGCAGAAGGACCUGAA